AUGGAUGACUCUGAUGAAGAACUCAACCGUAUAUCAAUCGAAGCAUCCAAGGCGCCCAUCUCUACCCAGUUACUAGGCGCCCGACCUACAAUUGGAUCCAAAGUCGGCGAGUGGUUCGUCGACCGUUCGAAAUACAUCCCUCUUCGACUCACGUAUGGCGAGCGCAAGUACCUAUGCCUCCUCGACGCUGCACUUCAGAAUCGAAGCACUCAAGUGCUACCGAUCGUCCAUCUCCUCUCUCUCGUUCUCGUUCUCCUCCUUGUCUUCUUCCCUUCUCCUGCUCUCGUCCUUGGGCUCACGGCUCAGGCUUGA